AUGUUCUCUGAAACGGAGCGGCUAAAGCCUGAAGAAUCGUGGUAUUGCAACAAAUGUCGCGAUCAUGUCGAAGCAACAAAGAAGUUGGAACUCUUCAGACUUCCACCCAUACUUAUUGUGCAGCUGAAGCGUUUUGUAUAUACAGCCACCUACCAGGCAAUGCACCGUAGAAGUAAGGAUGAGCGGAGGGUUAUCUAUCCUGUUGCAAGUCUCGAUAUGUCUCCCUUCCUGGCCGAAACAGCUCCGUCGGAACAGAACACUAUGUACGACCUAACUGGGGUAGUAUGUCACUCAGGAAGCAGCUAUUUUGGUCACUAUGUCAGUAUUGGUCGUUUGCCAGGAUUUGAUUCUACAGAGACGAUCGUAGACUGGAGGCUUUUCGACGAUUCGAUCGUGACGAAGCAAUCUAUCAACAAUGUGCAGUCUGAUGAUGCCUACCUCCUUUUCUAUAAGCAACGUGGUCUCUCCACAAGAUCUAUCUUCAGGAAGCAUUAUUCGUGUGAUCCAACAGAGAAGAGUGUUCCUAAUGGUGUAAAUGGAAAUCCCGAAGAGAUCACAAACGACGUGGCGAGUGAUUGA